GGACAGCAGAGCUCACACAGCGACUGCAGGGCCUGUGAGCGUUUCUGGAUCGGAAGUUCUCCUCAGAGAGAGAGGGGCCAGCACACAGCAGGCCCCAUGGAGCCCCCGUCAGGCCCUGCAAGCAGGAGGCAUGUCCCCUGGAACAGGCUCCUCCUGGCAGUCUCACUCUUAACCUUCCGGCACGCCCCCACCACUGCCCAGCUCACUAUUGAAACGGUGCCCCCACUUGCUGCAGAAGGGACGGAUGUCCUUCUACUUGCCCACAACGUGUCAGAGAAUCCGCUAGGCUAUACCUGGUACAGAGGAGAAAGGGUAGAAAACAGCCAGUUAAUCGCAUCAUAUAGACCGGACACUAAUGUAACUACCAAAGGGCCUGCACACAGCGGUCGGGAGACAUUUUACCCCAGUGGAACCCUGCUGAUCCAGCACGUCACCCAGAAAGACACAGGAUCCUACACUCUGCUCAUUUUAAAGAAUGAUUUACAGAAUGAAAGACAAAUCGGACACCUCCAGGUACACCUGGUGUUACACACACCCGUCAUCACCAGCAACAACUCCAACCCCUGGGAGCACAAGGACACUGUGGUGUUAACGUGUGGACCUGAGACCCAGGACACCUCCUACAUGUGGUGGAUCAACGAUCAGAGCCUCCCCAGCAGCACGAGGCUGGAGCUGUCCGAGGACAAGAGGACUCUCACUGUGUUCAGUGUGACAAGGAAAGACACAGGGCCCUAUGUGUGUGAAGCCCGGAACCCAGUGAGUGUCCGCCGCAGUGACCCAUUCACCCUGAAGGUCCUCUGUACAAUGGCAUUCCCAGAUUCUGCUCCUGCCCCCAGAUUGACCCCAGUCCUAGAGGAAGGACACCCCACCCUCCCAUUCUCGGCCUGGAUCUCCAGGACCUCCCCACUGCCCCAUGGAUAUUCUCUCUCAUCCUUCAGUUCCUCCCUCACCAGAGGGAACUGGCCUCCAGCGUCCACCUCAGGACGUGGUCCCUCUGGCGGCUCUGUCUCCCAGGCCUCCCUACCUGAUGCCAGAUCACCAGCUCCCAUCUACCAGACAGUUCAUUUCCUUGCCUUUCGAAGCUGUGAGAGGCUGCCUGCUUUCCUGGGUUUGUGGCCCCUUCCUGCAUCUUCAGUGCCAGCAGUGGAACAUCUUGAAGUCUCCCCAAACUCUCCUUCCAUCAUCCCAUCUCCUCCGGCUCUGCCUCUCUUGCCUUUGUCUUUAUUUAUAAGAAAUAUUAUGAAAGUACUGGGCUCAGCCAGAUAUAUUCCCCACCACAAUCUCCCAGUCACCACAGAGCGGGAAGGACAGCAGAGCUCACACAGCGACUGCAGGGCCUGUGAGCGUUUCUGGACCGGAAGUUCUCCUCAGAGAGAGAGGGACCAGCACACAGCAGGCCCCAUGGAGCCCCCGUCAGGCCCUGCAAGCAGGAGGCAUGUCCCCUGGAACAGGCUCCUCCUGGCAGUCUCACUCUUAGCUUUCUGGCCCCUGCCCACCACUGCCCGCCUCAGUGUUGACACGGUGCUCCCCCUUGCUGCAGAAGGGACAGAUGUUCUUCUACUUGCCCACAACGUGACAGAGAAUAGUCUAGGCUAUGCCUGGUACAGAGGAGAAAGGGUAGAAAACAUCCAGUUAAUUGCAUCAUACAGAGUAGACACUAAUGUAACUACCAAAGGGUCUGCACACAGCGGAAGAGAGACACUUUACCCCAAUGGAACCCUGCUCAUCCAGAAUGUCACCCAGAAAGACACAGGAUCCUACACGCUGCUCGUUACAAACGAUGAUUUACAGACAGAAAGACAAACUGGGCAUCUCUGCAUAUACCCGGUGCUACCCACACCUGUCAUCACCAGCAACAACUCCAACCCCUGGGAGCACGAGGACACUGUGGUGUUAACGUGUAGAUUUGAGACUCAGGACAUCUUCUACAUGUAUUCGAUCAACAAUCAGAGCCUCCACAACAGCACCAAGCUGGAACUGUGCAAGAGAAACAGAACUCUUACUGUGUUCAAUGUGACGAGGAAUGACGUAGAACCCUAUGUGUGUGAAGCCAGGAAUCCAGAGAAUAUCAUCCAUGGUGACCCAUUCAACCUGAAUGUUCUCUGCCAAGAAAACAGCCCAGCCCUCAAUAACGAGAUCGUUAUCGCCAUCAUGACUGGCAUCCUGGUUAGGUUGGCAGUGGUGACCACUCUGGGGUGUUUUGUUUUCUUCAAGAUGACUAGAAGGGCCAGUGGACAGAAUGACCUCAGAGAGCAGCAGCCUCCAGCAGCCACUCUGGGACAUGGUCCUCUGGCAGCUCUAUCUCCCCGGCCUCCCUACACAGCCCCAGGCCAAUUGUUCCCCUCUAUGAGAUAUCUACUGCCAGAUCCACCCCGAAGUAGAUGUGGUUUCUUAGUUUGCUCCAGGAAUUUCCCCCUAAGGGCUGUGGAGAAGAUCCCGCCUGAGACCCAGAGUCUGAGUGAGGUCAGAAACCUGAAGCAGAGAAACAGCUGUGACCUGUGAAGAUACUGGGGGACCUGGGCUCAGCCUUAGUGUCCCUCCUGACCUUCUGGAGGCCCUGACAAGGCUGCUCUGAGCCCUGGAUGGAUGAAGACAAGGACUUCCAUUCCCUGAGGAACUGAGGGCUUCCAAGGGAAGUGGCUGGGCCUGUGACCCACUGUGGACCACCUGAGAGGUCUGAAUAAAGAGCACUUUCCUCUC